UGACGCCAGGCAGCGAGCCGAGAGGGCAGGCGAGCGGCGUGGGGGCGGCCAUGACGCGUUCCCGGCGACAAGUGGAGGCCGCCCGCAGGAAGCGGCUCCAGGGCAAAGCCUCGAAGGCAGCAGGGAAGAAGGACCCCGGGGUGCCGCAGCUCGGCCGCUUCGCCGCUCACGUCCAGCAGCAGAAUGAGAAAAAACAGAAAAGGGUGGCCGAGGCGCGGCGGCGGCAGGAGGAGGCGCGGGGCGCAGAGCUGGGCCGGCGGCGCAGCCUGGCGGGGCUGCAGCUCGACGCCCUGCGGCGGCAGCGUGACUUCGAGCGCAAGGAGGUGGCGGCAGCCCAGCCGGACGCUCAGGGCGAAGCCUCGCUGCGGCAGUACGGGCGGGAGCUGCGCAAGGUGCUGGCGGCCGCCGACGUGGUGCUGGAGGUGCUGGACGCCCGAGACCCCCAGGGCUGCCGCAGCCCCCAGCUGGAGGCUGCCGUGCGCAGCGCCGGCGCCCGCCAGCGCCUGGUGCUCGUCCUCAAUAAAAUUGACCUGGUGCCGCGGGACGUGGUGGCGGCGUGGCUGAAGUAUCUCCGCGCCGAGUUCCCCACCGUGGCCUUCAAGGCGUGCACGCAGCAGCAGAGUCGCAACCUGAAGCAGAGCCGGCUGCCGGUGACCGCGGCCCCCGAGGAGGUGCUGGCCGGGGGGGGCAGCGUGGGGGCCGACUGCCUGCUGCGGGUGCUGGCCAACUACAGCCGCUCGCGGGAGGUGAAGACGGCCAUCACCGUGGGUGUCGUGGGCUACCCCAACGUGGGGAAGAGCAGCCUCAUCAACAGCCUCAAGCGGAGCCGGGUUUGCGGGGUGGGGGCCACGCCGGGGGUCACCAGGUGCCUGCAGGCGGUGCAGCUGGACCGCCACAUCCAGCUGCUCGACUGCCCCGGCGUCGUCAUGGCAACGGGCGCCCCCCCCGCCGCCGCCCCCCUGAGGGGGGCCCUGGCCCCCCAGCGCCUCAAGGACCCCCUGGGCCCCGCCGCCGCCAUCCUGCGCCGCUGCCCCCCCCAGCAGCUGAGCGAGCUGUACGGGGUGCCCCCCUGCGCCGACCCCCGGCAGUUCCUCUCCCACCUGGCCCGGCGCCAGGGCCGCCUGCGUCCGGGGGGGCUCCCGGACCCCCGCGCCGCCGCCGUGGCCCUGCUGCGCGACUGGACCAGCGGGAAAAUCUCCUACUACACGCGCCCCCCCGGGCGCGACGAGGCGGGGGCGCAGCUGGAGGCACAGAUCCUGCCCGCGCUGGGGCCGGAGCUCGACCUGGAGGCGCUGGAGCGGGGCGACGCCGAGGCGCUGGCGGCCGUCCCGGUGGCGGUGGAGGGCAUCGAGGUGUCGCCGUGCGGCCCCGAGGAGGAGGAGGAGGAGGAGGAGGAAGAUGAGGAUGAGGCCAUGGAGCGGGGCGGCGCCGCGGAGGCGGACGGCGAUGGUCUGGAGUUCGGCGCGCUGACGGUGGAGCUGAAGCCCCGGGCGAAGCCUGGGGGGGGCGGGAGGAGGCUGCCCCCCCCCGCGCCCCCCGUUUGGAAGAAGUGGCCGCGCUGCCCCCCCUGCUGCAGGGCCAGGGGCUGGCGGCCGCGGGCAAGCGGCGGAAAAAAGCAGCAAAAAAGAGCAGAAAAAAUCGCCACCAAGCUCUCGGAGACGCUGACGGCGGCCAUGCAGCUCUGA